AGGGACUGCCCGGUUGCGAAGGUAGCGAUAGUGGUGGAAGAAGUGUCUUCUAUGGGUUUGCUUUAGUCACAAAUUUAUCAAUAUAUCCGUUUAAUCUUAUUCGCCUAAUUCACAGGCGUUAUCGUGAUAAAUGGUUCAGUUCAUCCACGUUAAUAUUGUAAAUUAGAGACGUCUGGUCUAAAAAGCAUCUGAACAUUAUUGGGUGUUACGAUGCCAUCUCCGAUGGAGGGAUCUUCCAGAGAAGGUGACCUGUUUACUGUGAAACAUGAGCUAAAAAAUGCCAACCUGACAGGCCAUGUGGAGAGGGUGGGCAUAGAAAACUUUGAACUGUUAAAAGUGCUCGGCACAGGUGCAUAUGGUAAGGUGUUCCUGGUGAGGAAAGUCAGUGGGCAUGAUGCAGGGAAACUGUAUGCCAUGAAGGUUUUGAAGAAGGCCACUAUCGUUCAAAAAGCAAAGACUGCCGAACACACACGGACAGAGCGGCAAGUGCUGGAACACAUCCGACAGUCUCCAUUCCUCGUCACACUUCACUAUGCCUUUCAGACGGAUACCAAGCUGCACCUCAUUCUCGAUUAUGUGAAUGGUGGGGAACUCUUCACACAUUUGGUGCAAAGGGUGCGAUUCAGAGAGCAGGAAGUAGCCAUCUACAGUGGAGAAAUAGUGUUGGCACUUGAGCAUCUACACGAGCUUGGGAUUGUUUAUCGAGACCUAAAGCUUGAAAAUAUUCUUCUGGAUUCACUUGGACAUAUUGUUCUCACAGACUUUGGCCUCAGUAAAGAAUUUGACCAGGUGGAAAGAGCGUUCUCUGUCUGUGGCACCAUUGAAUACAUGGCUCCAGAAAUUGUGGAAGGAGGAGAGUCCGGACAUGACAAAGCAGUGGACUGGUGGAGCCUUGGUGUGUUGAUGUAUGAGCUUUUGACUGGUGGCUCACCGUUCACCGUGGACAGAGAUGACAACUCUCACACAGACAUUGCCAAAAGGAUUUCAAAAAAGGAUCCUCCUUUUCCCAAAGACAUGGGGCCACUGGCCAAAGACCUCAUCCAGCAACUUCUUAUAAAAGAUCCAAAGACUCGACUGGGCUCAGGGCCUAAUGGAGCACAGAAUGUAAAGAAACACCCAUUUUAUCAGAAAAUUAACUGGGAGGACUUGGCAGCUAAAAAGGUUCCUGCCCCAUUCAAGCCAGUGAUUCGGGAUGAAUUGGAUGUCAGCAACUUUGCAGAUGAGUUCACAGAGAUGGACCCCACGUACUCCCCUGCAGCACUGCCUCAGAACUGUGACCGUAUCUUCCAGGGUUACUCUUUCAUGGCUCCCUCCAUCUUGUUCAAGAGGAAUGUGGUAAUGGAUGAUCCUGUCCAGCUGUGUGAAGGCUCUGAGAGGCCGGGUUCUGCUGCGGUGGCCCGCAGUGCCAUGAUGAAGGACUCUCCUUUCUAUGUGUGUUAUGAGAUGGAGCUGAAGGACAGUGCUCUGGGAGAGGGGAGCUUUUCCAUCUGUAGAAAGUGUACACAUAAGAAGACUGGACAGAAAUAUGCAGUCAAAAUUGUCAGCAAGAGGAUGGAGGCACAGACACAGAGGGAAAUUGCAGCCCUGAAGCUCUGUGAUGGUCACCCAAACAUUGUCAAGUUACAUGAAAUUUACCAUGACCAGUUGCACACGUACCUGGUUCUGGAACUCCUUGGUGGAGGUGAACUACUUGAGAGGAUUCGCAGGAAACAACAUUUCAGUGAAACAGAGGCAAGCCGCAUCAUGCGCAGGCUCGUUUCCGCCGUCAGUCACAUGCAUGACGUAGGUGUGGUGCAUAGAGACCUUAAACCAGAGAACCUGCUCUUCACAGACGAGAAUGAGAAUUCAGAGAUAAAAAUCAUAGACUUUGGGUUUGCUCGCCUCAAACCACCAGACAAUCAACUGUUGAAGACUCCCUGCUUCACGUUGCAGUAUGCAGCACCAGAGAUACUCAAAUAUGAUGGUUACGAUGAGUCUUGUGAUCUGUGGAGUCUAGGGGUUAUUCUGUACACCAUGCUGUCUGGCCAGGUGCCUUUUCAGUGUCAGGAGAAAAGCUCGACCCACACCACUGCUGAGGAAAUCAUGAAGAAAAUCAAACAGGGAGACUUUUCUUUUGAAGGAGAAGCCUGGAGAAAUGUGUCCCAGCAGGCCAAGGACCUUAUACAAGAGCUGCUGACGGUGGAUCCAAACAAGAGGAUUAAAAUGUGCGGUCUGCGUUACAACGCAUGGCUCCAGGACGACAGCCAGCUAUCCUCAAACCCACUUAUGACACCAGACAUUCUAGGCUCCUCCACUGUGUCUGUCCACACAUGUGUCAAAGCUACUUUCAAUGCAUUCAACAAAUGUAAACGGGAAGGUUUUCGCCUGCAGACGGUGGACAAGGCCCCGCUUGCCAAGAGGAGGAAAAUGAAGAAAACAAGUACCAGCACAGACACCCGCAGCAGUUCUAGUGAGAGCACCCAUUCCUCCUCUUCCUCCUCUCAGUCUCAGGAGAAGACUUUUCUCGAGGGCGACACCCACCUCCAUCCCUCCAGCAGCACCCCUCCCGUGAGCCCCAGCAACACCCCCCUGUGACCGUGAGAAUGGACUCUGACCACGGUCACCAGCCAGUGCCACCAGCCUUUAACUUUGCAGAACCACAGCACGACGUAAAGCAACAGGCAGAUUUAGAGGGUUUCGUGAACUGAAGGAUGGAUGUGGUCGGUGUAGAGAUACCCCUCUCUCUCUCUGUCUCUCACUCGCUCUCUUUGGUAAUGCUCUGCCUCUGGCUCACAGUCGAUUGCAUGGACAGACGCAUGUCUCCGAAACCUAGCAUGCAGCAGGAGCAGCAGACAUGUCCCCAACCAGUCAACUAGUCAUUACUACUAGCAGUAUCCUUUGUCCCUUUGUCUCUCGUUCAAUUCCACAUUCAGACAGAUUUAAUCGGGGAG